CUGCACGGAUACGGCGGGCUCAAUCUGAACAUGAAUCUCAGCGCACAUCACCACCACGGAGCUGGCGCUUUUUUCCGAUACAUGAGGCAGCCGAUCAAGCAAGAGCUCAUCUGCAAGUGGCUGGAGCCAGAGCACUCGGCGAAAAAACUUUGCUCCAAAACUUACAGCACCAUGCACGAACUAGUGACACAUGUGACUGUGGAGCACGUCGGAGGACCGGAGCAAGCGAACCAUAUCUGUUUUUGGGAAGAGUGUCCGCGAGAGGGAAAGCCGUUUAAAGCAAAGUACAAACUUGUGAAUCACAUCAGAGUGCACACCGGAGAGAAACCGUUUCCUUGUCCGUUCCCCGGCUGUGGAAAAGUAUUUGCCCGAUCGGAAAACUUGAAAAUACACAAGAGGACGCACACAGGUGAAAAGCCUUUCAAAUGCGAGUUUGACGGCUGUGACAGACGGUUCGCCAACAGCAGUGACCGGAAAAAGCAUUCCCACGUACACACUAGCGAUAAGCCGUACAACUGCAAAGUCAGAGGUUGUGACAAAUCGUACACUCAUCCCAGCUCUUUGAGAAAACACAUGAAGGUGCACUGCAAGUCCCCACCUCCGAGUUCGGGUUACGAAUCAUCGACUCCAUCUCUUGUUUCUCCUUCAUUGGACUUGGGAAGGGAGCCAGCUCCCUCUGCGCUCUCCGAGCCUCUCUCAUCAUCGUCCCAGCCGGCCAAUUUAAGCGAAUGGUACGUGUGUCACAGCUCUGGUGCCAAUGGCCCUCAGACCCCACCCAGCGGUUCAUCCACACCGGGCCAUACAGAGGGGCCAACGUACGGCAAUCGUGAACGGAGGGACGCCUUCUAGCAAAAUGUAAUAUUCUUUUGGCAAAGCGACUAAAAUGACUUUGACAUCUUAUCUUGUUUGGACAGUCCGUUUUGGACUGGAUGGUCGCAGGCUGACGCCUGUGGAAGUCAGUUCAAAGAGUAGGCUUGUUCACUUUUACUGCCUUACUGAAGGAUGCACUGGCCCUUUGACAGCUAAUGUCACUGCCUAACCACCAAUCGAUAUUAAACACGUCCCGAGUGUCUAUGUUUCUAAAUAGUGUACCUACCGUACGCGUGUCACUGUAUUAUUUUGUAAAU